UGGACUCCAUUGCGAAACGCAGCCCAUUACUUAACCUUUCUUUCUAAUUCUAGGUCAGAAACCAGAAAACGCGAUAGAGCAUAACCAGGGUUUUAGGAAACUACCCAAAGCAUCAACUAAAGCAACGGGAAGAAUAGCAAAGAGCAAAGCAAAUGACGACGCGAAUCGCUCCAGGAGUUGGAGCCAACUUGCUUGGUCAACAUUCCGCUGAGAGGAACCAAGACGCCACUGCUUACGUCGGCAAUCUCGAUCCUCAAGUAUCUGAGGAGUUAUUGUGGGAGUUAUUCGUUCAAGCUGGUCCUGUUGUUAAUGUUUAUGUACCGAAAGAUAGAGUGACAAAUUUGCAUCAAGGAUAUGGGUUCGUAGAGUUCCGAAGCGAAGAAGAUGCUGACUAUGCCAUUAAGGUGCUUAACAUGAUUAAGCUUUAUGGCAAGCCGAUACGCGUAAAUAAGGCGUCUCAAGAUAAAAAGAGCUUAGAUGUCGGUGCAAACCUUUUUAUUGGGAACCUUGACGCCGAUGUGGAUGAGAAACUUUUGUAUGAUACUUUCAGUGCAUUUGGAGUCAUUGUGACAAAUCCUAAGAUAAUGAGAGAUCCUGAGUCCGGAAAUUCACGUGGUUUUGGAUUCAUCAGCUAUGAUUCAUUUGAGGCGUCUGAUGCUGCUAUUGAGGCAAUGAAUGGCCAAUACCUCUGUAAUCGUCAAAUAACGGUUUCUUAUGCAUACAAGAAAGACACCAAAGGGGAGCGCCAUGGCACCCCAGCUGAGAGGGUAUUGGCUGCAAGCAAUCCAAAUGCCCAGAAGAGCAGGCCCCAUACCUUGUUCGCAAGCGGACCUCCAACACUCCCCUCUGGUCCCCAGGCCAAUGGUGCUCUAGGAGCACCAGUGCCUCCACGACCUUUUGCAAAUGGUACUAUUCCUCCUGGCCCAAUGCCAGUAGUUCGUCCUCCACCACCUCAAAGUGUACCCUUCCCACCAAUGCAGCUUGCAGGACAAGCGCCUUGGCAGGGUCAACCACAGCAACCAGUGCAACCAAUUCCGCCUCCAGUCAUGCCUCCGCCUAUGCAAUUCAGACCACCUCCACCAAACAUGCCACCACCACCUCCACAUUCAUCUCUUUCAAGGCCUCCCCCACCUAUGGGAAUGGGAACACCACAUGUUUGGCCCCCACCACCACCACCACCACAGCAAAUGGGUGGAAGGCCCCCUAUGCCACAAAUGUCAAUGCCACCCCCUCCCCCACCUCCAUCUGCAAGUUGAAGAUCAGUCUGUUUUCUCUUUAUUCACUAAUUGUAAUGCAUUUUGUUUCUCAUGGUAAUACAAAUGAUGAUAUGAAUUGUUCUCUAUUGCUGUAUGAAGACCUAAAAUCUAACUUCUUCCAUAACUGCGUAUUCCUCACUGUUAAUACAAUGUCUUAAUGCGAGUUUCGUAGAUUGACUCAGCUUUUCAAUGAGCUACGAGUUGUAAAAGUGAUGGAAUAGUCGAUUGAGUCCUGCAAAAUAUGUAGGUAAACUUGCUGGCCUAAAAGUUGGGCUAGAAAGCCAUUAACUCGUAUUGAGCCUAAACAAUGUAUGCGAAUUGGUUAUUUCUGCUGGGUCUAAUCUA